AUGUCUGAGACAAGUAACGUCAUUCAAGAAUACAAGAAGCUUCCUUCUUCAGGACCCAGGGAACUCACUCCUGUCAUGAUUCACUCUAUAGAGGAAGCAGACAAGCCUGCAAAGAGGGGAAAGAAACCAGAAAAACAAAAGGAUAAGAAGCUCAAAAAGCCAGCCCGAAGACUUAUUCUUCAAUCCUCUAGUGACUCAGAUUCUGAGUAUGUUCCUCCAGGAAACAAACCUCAUAUUCCUACCGAAUCAGAGAGCGAAAGCUAUGAUGAGGAGGCUUCGCCUCAUGGUGAUACUCCACCUAGAUCACCCACACCUGAGGGGAAAACAUCACAGAUCCGUUGGGUUUCAAAAUCAGUGGAAAGAGUGAAUAUGGGGGUCUGA